UGUAGAGUCUGGGGGCUGGGAGAAGGAACUUCGUGUCAGGGGUUUCUUUUCAUGGGUGAAAACAAAUGCCCACGGUUUGAGACUUUCCCUGUGGUAUGUAGUGAGUGGAGGAGCCCAACUUUCUUUACUGUGAGGCUGCAUUAGUCAGCCAACAUGUGUUGAGCCUUACUAAACUUUCCGAGCUGGGAUUAUUUCCUAAAGGGGAACCAGCCCAGUGUUACAGGGGCAGCAUUUACCCCAGGGGAAGCGUAGAACUUUGCUGAGAAGGGGUGCUUGGGUGGAGUUUGAGGGAGGGGCAGGAGCUGGUGGGAUGGAGAAGACUUGUUUUCACCUGGAAAACAGCAUGGGGAAGGCGUGGAAAGAGCACCGAUUUGGGAGGUGGGAUCCUGGAGCCUGAUGGAGCAAGGGGUUUCCUGUGGGCCGUGGGUUUCUUGAGCCAUGAGAGGAGAGAAGUACAUCUAGCAGGGCCUCCUGUGCUGCUCUGAGAGAUUUGGAUUUUGUCCUGAAAGCUGAAUUCGGUAGAUGCGUAUCUUAGAUACCCUGUCGUGUAGGAAAGCGUUGGACAGUGAGCAACCACCCUCGGGCGCUCAUUGCAGUAAUUCCCAGGAGAAUUGCUGAGGGUUUUAAAGGGUGACAGUGGGAAAGGAGAGGAGAGGAGAGGAGAGUUGUGAAUUGGUAUGGAGAUGGAAUACACCAUACCCAGUAUUGUUCAGUAAGAAUGUAUUGAAGAGGACUCUGUUCCUGGAAUUUUCCAACCUGUGACUAUCUGUUAAGGAAAUGCCCAGCAUUUUUUUUUUUUUAAACUGCAGAUAUUGCUUUGUAGAUGGUAAUCGAAUCCCAGUUUGUGGUGGGGAAAUGGUCACAUGUAUCAAAGGUGUUGAGAUCAGAAUGAUUAAACAUACUGGACUCUUGUAACCCAGUAGAUGCAAAUUAAACCCAUACUUAGAUCCCUUUCUAUCCAUCAGAUUAGAAAUAAUAAAGUUUGAGGAGGAGCAAGAUGGGAGACGCCAAAGAGGGUGCUUUUCGGCAGGCAGGACCCUCCACUGCCCCAGUUUCGUUCAGCUUCAUUCGCACGGCUGCCCAGAGACAGCUGGCAGACCCUGGAGAUGGCCUGGGUGCGGCUCCCAAAGAGAAGGGUUUCUUGAUUGUGGAAGGAAGGAAAUUGCAGAGUGUUAAUCCCUCAGAAGCCCCCAGGGAACUCGUCGUCCCUUUGAUUCAAAAUGGCCCUGGAAGACUGCCACCAACCCAGGCUCCUGGCCCCUCUGCUGAGGCCAUGGUGGAUGGGGUGCUGUCCCAGGCUGUGAAGGAGCUCGUGGAGGAAUCCAAGAAGUCUCUGGAGGAGGAAGAGAAUGAGGGUGUUGACCCCAUACUCCCUAUCUCCAUGAUCCAGAACAGAUGCAUACCCAGUGAGGAAGGGGCAGACAGCAAACCCUGGACCGAGACCGUACCCAAAGAGGCAGAUUACGAGGCAGUCCCUGUGGAGGCCUAUGGGCUGGCCAUGUUGCAGGGCAUGGGCUGGAAACCUGGUCAGGGCAUCGGCCGCACCUUCAAUGAAGUGGUGAAGCCCCGUGUCAACACACCGAGGCCUAAAAGGUUAGGGCUAGGCACCAGCCUGAUGGAGCUCCAGGCCCUGGCCCCCACCAGCCCCCUCCGCCUGCUGAGGCCAGAUGAGGAACACGAGAAAGAUAAGGAGGACCAGCCUCAAGGACUGGCACCUGGAGGAGCUGUGGCGGUGCUUUCUGGCCCUCACCGAGGCCUCUAUGGUAAGGUGGAAGGCGUCGAUCCUGACAAUGGUCAGGCCGUUGUUCGUUUGGCCGUGGGGAACCGCCUGGUGACUGUGCAGGAGCACCUCCUCAGGGCUGUUUCCCAGCAGGAAUUUGACAAGAGCUCCUUGGAUCUCAGCCAGGUGAGCAAAACUUCUCCAGGGGGAACAGCCUUGUCCCGGAAGGCCUUCCAGGAUCCAGACCUCCCCACCCAGCGGGGAGCAGAAGAGAGGAAGAGGAAACACCUUCCAGGUCGGCAAGAGGAGCUGACAUCCAAGAGGGAGAAAGCAGCUUCCAGGAGGCAGCACUGGUUGCACAGGGACCUGCGUGUGCGGUUUGUGGACAAACUGCACAAGUAUUAUAACACCAAGAUGACGAUUGAAGAUGUCUUCAGUCCAGAUACUUGUAUAUGUCAGACAGAUGAAGGCCAGGUCCUGGAAGGCGUCAGGGAAGACAUGCUGGAGACCCUUGUCCCCAGGGUCCAGGGCAGCCGAGUGAUGGUGGUGCUGGGGCCACAGGCUGGAAGGGUGGGCCAUCUGCUGCGCUGGGACAGAGCGAGCCAGGCCGUGGUUCACCUGCGGAGAGAGAAUCGGCUGGUGGAGCUGCACUAUGAUGCUGUCUGCGAGUAUGUGGGUCCCCGUGACUCAGACGAAGACUGACCCGUGGAUUCACUCCGUUCCCCAGGCAGUUACCAGUUCUGUCCUGUGAAAAGCCUGUCUUUGUGAAGGUGGGGAGGUCAUUGUUCCGUCCUGCACGAGCAGCCCUGGAUGGUACAAAAUGGAUAGACCAGAAGAGAGGCUAGCAAACCUAGUAUUUACCAGCAUUAAUAUAAAAUAAAAACCAUUUUAAAAAAAUGAUAAAGUUUGAUACUAUCAAGAGAUGUUAGGUAUUUGAAGAAAGGAUUCACUACGAGUAGAAGUGAACCUUCAAACACUAUAGCUACUAGCAAAAUGGUAUAUCUUAAGACUCAAUGGUUCUACUUAUAGAAAGUAGCCUAGAGAAACAGACAUUUGUAUACAAGAAGAGGAGUAUUAGGAUGUUUAUGGGAACAUCAUUUAUAAUGGUAAAGAAAGAUCGAAAUAGACUAAAUGUCCAUUAGUAGGGGACUGUUUGUAAAGUGGAUAUAUAUUUUUCUAAAAGUAUAAUAUAUUGAUUAGAAAGAAAAUGCUAGCUUCCUAUAGUGGUUACCUUGUGGUGUGGGGAGAAUGGGACAGCACAUGGGGAAAAUUUCAUCUUUAAUGUUUUGUUUGUUUUAUGGGGAAAGAGACUUAACAGAUUUACAAAAUAUUAGCUGUUGAUGGCCUUUGAUAGGUAAGAUGUUUUGUGUUAUAUUUUAUUUCUGAGGUUCAGUAUCUACCCUUCAAUUUCUUGCAGCAUUUAAUUCAAUUUCUUGCAGCAAUUUCUUGUAGGUCAGAAAAUAGUGAAAUGAAUGUGCAGAUGGAGGCAAAACUGGUUUAUUUCUGCAGUGGGAGAAGUCAGUGGAUCCUCCACUUGAUAGAAUUAAUUUGAAUGUCUUUGUAUAAGAAUUAUUUGCAUUGUUAUCCAAAGUUUAUAGAGGUGUAAGAAAAACUCCAGUAGAAUUUUUAGAUAUUAGAUACCCUAGAACAGUGGUUCUCAAUCUGUGGGUCGCCACCCUUUGGGGGUCGAACGACCCUUUCACAGGGGUCGCCUAAGAC